AUGCUCUUCAAGAAUGCAAGGAAAAAAAAGAAGUGUUUCAAAUGUGGAGACCCUAACCACAUGAGAUCUGAAUGUCCCGAACUCAAAAGAAAUGAUAGGACACAACCAAAUCAGCCAAAAGGGCGGGCAUUUGUACUCACCACGGAAGAAGCCAAGACCAAUACAGACGUUAUCACGGGUACGUAUCUCGUAAAUGAUGUAUAUGCGCGUGUGUUAUUUGAUACCGGUGCAAAUAGAAGUCUAGUGUCGACUACCUUUAGACCUUACUUGAACCAGGUGUCCCAAAACCUAGAUCAUGCCUUUACAGUAGAAAUGGCUGAUGGAAGUCAAAGAGAGAUAGUUGACAUUGUUAAGAAUUGUAAAAUAAGCUUAAACAACCAUGUUAUCCCUAUAGACCUAAUGCCUAUGGAACUUGAAGAAUUCGACAUAGUCAUAGGAAUGGACUAG